AUGUCUGAAGAAACCUUCUAUCGGAAUAUUGAUAAUUGGAUUCGAAUGCCUGACUUGCAACAAAAGCAACAAGAACUGGAAAAUAAAUUAUUCACUUUGGAAACUCUCCUAGAUUAUGAAAUCAAAGGUGAUGAGAAAACUCUCUACGCCCAAAAAAGCAAUAUAUUCUUUCUGCAAAAAGCUUCCGACGUGAUCCAAGAAAAGCAACAAGAAAAAGAGAAAAUUGAAAAGGAAAUUGAAACGAUCAACUCGGAGCUUGAUUCACUUACAUCUUCAUUUCACAGCUUUAAACAAAACGUUUCCAAGAAGAAAUAA